UUCAGCAAAGGGGGAUCGCUGUCCUCCGUGUGCCCCGACUCACAGCCGCCCCCUGUGUCACUCCCUGGUUCUUCCGCUGCCCCGCGCCCGCUCUAGGCACCAAAGCCUAUACACUGAGCCCGCCUGGCGCUAACUAAUGUUUAACUCGGACCGAAACUUGGCGGCGAGCACAGGGUGACUGCGUACAGAGCAGCGGCGCAGGACGUCCGUCUCCGCGCGGUAAUUUGUGCUUGCGCUCAAGUCUCAGAGCUCAGUUCAGAGGAGCCGCCCGACCAUGAAGACACCGUGGAAGGUUCUCCUGGGACUGCUUGGUGUAGCUGCGCUUGUCACGGUCAUCACUGUGCCACUAGUUCUGCUGAACAAAGAUGAUGCAGCAGCUGAUAGCCGCAGAACUUAUUCGCUAGGUGAUUAUUUAAAGAAUACUUUUCGAGUCAAGUCCUACACCUUGCGAUGGGUAUCAGAUUAUGAAUACCUCUACAAACAAGAAAACAAUCUCUUGCUAUUCAAUGCUGAACACGGAAACAGCUCCAUUUUCUUGGAGAACAGCACCUUUGAAGCCUUUGGAGAGUCUAUAAGUGAUUAUUCAGUGUCGCCCGACAGACGGUUCGUUCUCUUAGAAUACAACUAUGUGAAGCAAUGGAGGCAUUCCUACACAGCUUCAUAUAGUGUUUAUGACUUGAACACAAGAAAGCUGAUCACAGAGGAGAAGAUUCCAAAUAAUACACAGUGGAUCACAUGGUCACGAGAAGGUCAUAAAUUGGCAUAUGUUUGGAAGAAUGAUAUUUACAUUAAAAUUGAACCAAAUUCACCUAGUCAGAGGAUCACAUGGACAGGAGAAGACAAUGAAAUACUUAAUGGAAUAGCUGACUGGGUUUAUGAAGAGGAAAUCUUUGGUGCCUACUGGGCGCUGUGGUGGUCUCCAAACAGCACCUUUUUAGCAUAUGCCCAGUUUAACGACACAGGAGUCCCACACAUUGAAUAUUCCUUCUACUCUGACGAGUCACUGCAGUACCCUAGGACAGUGUGGAUUCCAUAUCCAAAGGCAGGAGCUGAGAAUCCAACUGUAAAGUUCUUUAUUGUAAAUACAGACUCCCUCAGCUCUACCACUAGUGCAGUUCCCAUCCAGGUCACUGCUCCUGAAUCCGUGGCAACAGGGGAUCACUAUUUGUGUGAUGUGGUGUGGGUUACAGAAGAAAGAAUUUCUUUGCAGUGGCUCAGGAGGAUUCAGAACUAUUCCGUGAUGGCUGUCUGUGACUAUGAUAAGACCAACCAAGCAUGGAACUGUCCCUUGGCACAGCAUCAUGUAGAAAUGAGCACUACAGGCUGGGUCGGAAGAUUUAGGCCUGCAGAGCCCCACUUCACUUCUGACGGUGGCAGUUUCUAUAAGAUCAUCAGCGACAAAGAUGGCUACAGACAUAUCUGCUACUUCCCUAAAGAUAAGAAUCCCAAUCAGGACUGUACAUUUAUUACAAAAGGAGCCUGGGAAGUCAUUGGGAUUGAAGCUCUGACCAGUGAUUAUCUAUACUACAUUAGUAACGAACAUAAAGGCAUGCCAGGAGGAAGAAAUCUCUAUCAAAUUCAACUAACUGACCACACCAAUGUGAAGUGCCUUAGUUGUGACCUGGAUGCAGAAAGAUGCCAGUAUUAUUCGGUGUCAUUUAGCAAAGAGGCAAAUUUCUAUCAGCUGAGAUGUUUGGGCCCCGGUCUGCCCCUCUACACUCUGCAUCGCAGCGCUGAUCAUAAAGAGCUACGAGUCCUGGAAGACAAUUCUGCUUUGGAUAAAAUGCUGCAGGAUGUCCAAAUGCCUUCAAAAAAAUUGGACUUCAUUGUUUUGAAUGGAACAAGAUUUUGGUAUCAAAUGAUCUUGCCUCCCCACUUUGACAAAUCCAAGAAAUAUCCUCUACUCUUAGACGUAUAUGCAGGUCCCUGUAGUCAAAAAGCAGAUGCUGCCUUCAGACUCAACUGGGCCACUUACCUUGCAAGUACAGAAAACAUCAUAGUAGCUAGCUUUGAUGGCAGAGGAAGUGGUUACCAAGGAGAUAAGAUCAUGCACGCAAUCAACAGAAGACUGGGAACACUAGAAGUUGAAGAUCAAAUUGAAGCAGCCAGGCAAUUUUUAAAAAUGGGAUUUGUGGACAGCAAACGAAUUGCAAUUUGGGGCUGGUCGUAUGGAGGGUAUGUAACCUCAAUGGUCCUGGGAUCGGGAAGUGGCGUGUUCAAGUGUGGAAUAGCUGUGGCACCUGUGUCACGGUGGGAGUAUUAUGACUCAGUGUAUACAGAGCGCUACAUGGGUCUCCCAACUCCAGAAGACAACCUUGCCCAUUACAGGAAUUCAACAGUCAUGAGCAGAGCUGAAAAUUUUAAACAAGUUGAGUACCUCCUUAUUCAUGGAACAGCAGAUGAUAAUGUUCACUUCCAGCAGUCAGCUCAGAUCUCCAAAGCCCUGGUGGAUGCUGGCGUGGAUUUCCAAGCAAUGUGGUAUACAGAUGAAGACCAUGGGAUUGCUAGCAGCAUGGCUCACCAGCAUAUCUAUACCCACAUGAGCCAUUUCCUCCAACAGUGCUUCUCCUUACAGUAGCACAGCCAGGCUCCUGUAGCUUAUUUAAAAACACAUUUGUUCUCAUUAUCUCAAAACUGCACUGUCAAGAUGACGAUCUUAAUAAUGCUCGCUCGCAUCGAGAAAUUUCAGGCUACUUUCCAGUUUCAUACCUGCAGUCCUAAGUAAGACUGUCUGUCUUCACAACAGAUUAUUACCUUACAGCAAUUUGGAUUUUUCACUCUGUUUUGUUUAUCAUUUAAAAUUAUUUCCACAUCAGCUGCUGAAACAACAAAUAUAAAUUAUUUUUACAAGAGUUCUGCAUAGAUUUCCUGAGAAGAAUUUUUUUUUUCUUACUAGACUGGUCCAAAUCUUGUUCCUUUAUUGAAGGGGAUGACAAGAUUAGGCAAUGAUGUCAUUAGCAUAGCAAUGACAGAAGCAGGGGCAGGGAGAGGAGAUCACAGAGUAUGGUUAGAAACCCAGGUCCAAGCACACCAGCCCAACCAGGCUACUGUCAGCUCGCCUCGAGAAGUGCUGUUCCCUGCCAGACUGGCACAGUUUUCUGAGAAAGACUAUUCAAACAGUCUCAGGAAAUCAUAUAUGCAAAGCACUGACUUCUCAGUAAAACCACAGCAGUUGAAUAGACUCCAAAGAAAUGUAAGGGAAACUGCCAGCAAUGUAAGGGCCCCAGGUGCCAGUUAUGGCUAUAGGUGCUACACAAACACAGUAAGGGUGAUGGGAAAGCAUUGCAAAUGUGAUUUUAAGAAAUCACCGAUGUUUCCCAGUGAAAAGAGGCAGCUUGGAACAUAUCGACUUGCCCUGUUAAAAGUUGAAAAUAUUUGUGUCACAAAUUCUAACAUGAAGGAAUACUUGCAUCGGUUCUUACUUCAUUUCCUUGAGCAUGUUAAUUAAAAUAUUUUAACCUCCUUGGCUUUUUAAUGGAAUAUGGACGAGAAUGUUGUGUGUUAUUAUUUCUAUUCUACACACUGGAAUUUUGCCUGGUCAUUUAGUAAAUAUGCUUCCAUUUUUCAGAGGUAGUGGGUUACAUCUUGAUUCAAACUUAAACCGCAUUGACAUAUGGACACAUUUGUUCAAAGGUUCUUGUUUAACUUGUUAGAAAUUCAAGACUGUCUUGUAAACAUGGAAGGAGUUCAGCUUUAAAAAAAAACUUAGAUACAUAAAACUGUUUAAAGUUAAAUAAUUCAUAAGAGUUUAUCUAAUACCCAUGAAAUUUCAAUUCUCAUACUUAACAUUUAGCUUUUAAGAAAGCAGUUGAUAAUAAUGUGGUCAUUUGUGGACUAUGGAAGACUGUUUAAUUUAAUCCAGGGAAGCAUGUGAGGCUCAAAGCACGAGAAUGAAUACCAUCAGCAAAGUCAUUUUGUAGUUCUGAUGGUCCAAUGGUAUGUCCUUACAAGGCUUUGUGUUUUGUUUUGUCUCCAGUUUUUUUUGGGGGGGUGCGGGGGGAUAUAAUAGAAAGAAAGCAUAGAUUUCAGAUACUGAAUUUGACUUAGCAAUGUUUGAGUAACUUAAAAAAUUAUUUGUAACAGCUGCAUUUUAAAAAUGGACUUCACACAUUUAAAUGGAGACUAUUUGCUAGACAAAGUUAUCAUAGGUGAGCUGCAGCAUAAACUCCAAAACCUAGCAGAAAUGGAAACUACCUAUCAAUUAAAAAUGAGAUUAGAGAUUCAUGAGAACAAUGUACAGAGGCUGUGAAUCAGCUUUGCUGCUUUUUCCAGGGCAUGCCACUGAUUCAUUUCACCUUAAUUAACUCUCAAGUCCUACUCUUCCAUGGGAAGCAUCGCUGAUACUUAGCCCUGUAGGUUUCUGGCCAUUAUCCUUGUUUUGAAUAUAGCUCAGUCCCAUGUGUAGCAGGACCAAUCUGCAAGGUCCUAGAUCAAGGAACAGGGUAACACAUGUUCCUGACAGCAUGAAAACAUAAAAGCAAAUUAAAUAGAAAUGACUCUUUAUGGGUUCUUUCACUAAACCACAUUAUAUAAUAAUGCAGGUUUUGUAUUAAUAUUUCUCAUGAUUCUAUAGUGUUUACACAAUGCCCAAACUGUGGAUUUUUUUGUUCCUCUCAUUUCUAAAUACAUUGUUUCUAGAGCCUGAAGUAAUAAAAAUAUCAUAGCACAUAUUUUUUCAGGCAAUGAGAGUUUCAAACUGUGAUAAUGUGACUAAAUUCAGUUUUUGUUUGACUCUCAUAGGACAAGUUUUACUGUUCAAUAAGAGCUGUAAAUUAGAUAAAGAAACUGAGACAUAAAUUAUAGAUAAACUUAAUUUAAAGGUAAAUCUGAAACACACAAGAACUAGCAAUGUCACCAAGAUGUAUAGACAUGUCUCCUAUGGGCAUAUGCAGCCUCUGGAAGCCAUCCUUCAUGAAGUAUCCUCAGAGUGCACCAGCACCCAGGGCACAUGUGCUAAAGGAAUCGAGAAGCAGUCCAUGGUGAAGGAUAACUUCAGUCUAUGUCACUCUGGCCUUUGUGUUUCUUGAUCAGAAUAUUAGCAGUCCCACUUCGUGGCACUGACUGUUUUUGCUCUAAGUUGGAGUGAGAAUACUGACUUAUAAGACUACUAGAUUUGUACAAUAUUUAAGAUUCAAUAAAUUCUAAGUGAA